AUGUCUGUCACUGGUUCUGACAACGGCAACCCGACAACGACUCCGACACCGACUCCGACAUCUCCAUACGAUCUGACUGCUGCUGACAAUCCUGGUGCUGUGAUUUCACAUCCUCUCCUCAAAGGAUCCAACUACGAUGAGUGGGCGUGUGGAAUCAAAACGGCACUCAGCUCUCGAAAAAAAUAUGGUUUUCUCGAUGGAUCUAUUCCACGUCCAGCUGAAGGCUCUGCAGAUCUGGAAGACUGGUGGACGAUUCAAGCUUUGCUUGUCUCAUGGAUCAAAAUGACUAUCGAUCCUUCCAUUCGAUCGAACAUCUCUCAUCGUGAUGUGGCGAAAGAUUUGUGGGAUCAUCUGAAGAAGAGGUUUUCUGUGACUAACGGACCUCGGAUCCAACAGCUUAAGGCUGAGUUGGCAUGCUGCAAACAACGCGGUCUCGCCAUUGAAGCUUACUACGGCAAGCUCAACCGUAUUUGGGACAACAUGGCUCAAUACAGACCAUUGAGGUCUUGCAAAUGUGGCAAGUGUGAAUGCCAACUUCUGCUUUGA